CUUGAAAUUACAAAAACCCCCCCCUCUCUCUCCUUCUCUCUCUUUUCCCUCUUUCAUUUCUUCACAUUUAUAAUUUAAUCGCGUCAAGAAAACUCAGCUAGGGUUUCUCUCCAUAGCUUUUUGCUCCGAUCGCCGAGGCUCGUCAAAUAUUGUGAAGCUCAGAUUUAAGAGGCUGCGAGACGACGACGUUUUGAAGGGCUUAGGAUCAAUGGCUUCAGCUGGUGCGGCGCUACCGCCGGCGUCGGGUGUUGAGAAUCGGGACGGUAACAACGCUAGGUUUGCUGAUAAGCUGCCCGAGGAAAUUAACGAGAUGAAGAUUAAAGAUGAGAAGGAAAUAGAAGCAGCUGUGGUGAAUGGGAAUGGGACUGAAACUGGCCACAUUAUUGUGACUACAAUCGGUGGCCGGAAUGGUCAGCCUAAGCAGACUGUCAGUUACAUGGCAGAGCGUGUUGUUGGGCAGGGUUCAUUUGGUAUUGUCUUUCAGGCUAAGUGCCUUGAAACUGGAGAAACUGUUGCUAUCAAGAAGGUUUUGCAAGACAAGAGAUACAAGAAUCGUGAGUUGCAAACAAUGCGCCUUCUUGAUCAUCCUAAUGUUGUUGCACUCAAACAUUGCUUCUUUUCAACCACGGAUAAGGAUGAGCUCUAUCUAAAUCUGGUGCUUGAAUAUGUACCUGAGACUGUUUAUCGUGUGGUAAAACACUACAGCAAGGCAAAUCAACGGAUGCCUAUGAUAUAUGUCAAACUCUAUACAUAUCAGAUUUGUAGAGCUUUGGCAUAUAUUCACGGAGGCAUAGGAGUAUGCCACAGGGACAUUAAGCCACAGAAUCUCUUGGUUAAUCCCCAUACUCAUCAAGUCAAGCUGUGUGACUUUGGAAGUGCAAAAGUCCUGGUGAAAGGCGAACCAAAUAUAUCAUAUAUUUGUUCACGCUAUUAUCGAGCACCUGAAUUGAUAUUUGGGGCAACUGAAUACACUACUGCCAUUGACAUCUGGUCUGUCGGUUGCGUGCUUGCUGAACUGCUUCUUGGACAGCCUCUCUUCCCUGGUGAGAGUGGAGUUGAUCAGCUUGUUGAGAUUAUUAAGGUACUUGGCACCCCAACUCGUGAAGAAAUCAAAUGCAUGAACCCAAAUUAUACAGAAUUCAAGUUUCCUCAAAUCAAGGCUCAUCCGUGGCACAAAAUAUUCCACAAGCGCACACCCCCAGAAGCAGUAGAUCUUGUGUCAAGACUCCUUCAAUAUUCUCCCAGCCUAAGGUGUACUGCUCUUGAGGCUUGUGUCCACCCAUUCUUUGAUCAACUCCGUGAUCCUACUACUCGUCUCCCUAAUGGACGACCUUUGCCUCCUCUCCUCAACUUCAAGCCCCAAGAGCUGAAAGGAGCUACUUCUGAGCUUCUAACCAGACUGAUACCUGAGCAUGCCAGAAAGCAAUGUGCGUUUCUAGGUACCUAGACAAACCGCAGCUACACAGAUUCAUGUGAGGCGACUGUACCACUGUAAUGUUUCUUCUCGUAUUAGUGAACAAGUUAGGGACAUCUAGUUUAUAUCUGUUGAUAUAGCUCCCUGUACUUAUCGCUUAAGCUUUUUCCUGUGAUACAUUACUACUGAAACUCAUGACUACGCUGACAGGUGAUUGAAUCAUGUAUGUACCAAGUAUUAUUGACUUAUUAGAACCUCUUCACCCUCUCC